AGUGAACCAAGAUUGCACCAUUACACUCCAGCCUGGGUGACAGUGUGAGACUCCGUCUGAAAAAAUAAUAAAGAACCAGACUCCCCACAUCCAGCAAUCUCAGGCACUUAUUAAGUACCUGCUGUGUGCCAGAAACCUUGCUGGUGAUCCAGAGGAAACAGUCCUAGCAGGUGGCUGGGCAAGAGUCUGGGGUCCUGAGGUGGAGGCAGGAGGGGCUGGAAUCCUUGCCAACGGUGUCCCUCCAAGGAAGCCCGGCCCAGGCACCCACGCUUUAGUCGCCCUCCCCUGGGGCCUGAGAGUCCCCCUGAGCUCACACACCUGGGUCAGUUCCAGGCAGCCCCACCCAAGGUGGAGCUGUGAGGCCCCAGAACUGAGAAGCCGCCAUCAUUCCUGGCUCUGCCACUGAGAGGCUGCCCAGAGCCAGGCCCACUUAGCGCCAGGCGUCCUCCCGCUGGGCACCCGAUGCCUAAGCACCCUGCCAGCCCAGGCAGUGUUAAUGAGGCCGUCAUGCCAAUCAGAGGGACAGGCCGCCUGGGCUCCUUCACAGCCUGGCUGGGCGUUGGGGAGUGGAGGUGAAGCCAGUGUCUGUGUCUGAGGCGGGGGGACCAUGGGCACAGCUGCCCCUCCGGCGUCCCCUACGACUCACAGACCAACUGAGCUGUGCCCUCACAAUCCAACGGGAGGCUGGGCACAGUGGCUAUGCCUGUAAUCCCAACACUUUCAGAGGCCGAGGCGGGCAGAUCACUUGAACUCAGGAGUUCGAGACCAGCCUGGGCAACAUAGUGAAACCCCAUCUCUACUAAAAAUACAAACAUUAGCCGGGCAUGGUGGCAAGUGCCUGUAGUCCCAGCUACUUGGGAGGCUGAGGCAGGAGGAUUGCUUGAGCUCGAAGGUAGCAGUGAGCCAAGAUUGUGCCACUGGACUCCAGUUUGGGCGAAGAGCAAGACCCUGUUUCAAGAAAAAAAAUUUUUAAAAAGAUCCAAUGGGAAAUUGAAGUGCAGGCAGCACCCCAGCUUGUGCCCCUAAUCCAGAGAUACUUCCCUGGCAUCGGUGCUAGGCCUGGGUCCUCAGUUCCCUUGCAACUGUGGGAGAGAGUGUGUGGGCAUCGUCUCUGGGGAGGGGGUGUAACCCCAGACUGUGUCUUCCUAGGAUGGUGCCUGGCACAUGACCUGGUUUCGCACACAGUUGGUGCUUCAUAAAAGCGUGUGAAUCACAGAGGCGGAUGAGGCCGGCGCACAGGGAGAGGCAAGACCAGGCCCUGGCGUCGUGGCGUGCACCGUGCCCUAGGCGGUAUUUGAAUGUGGGAGUCUCUCUGCCCCCACCCGGGCCCUGAGCAUGGGGACAGUGAGGACAGGUUCCUUUUCCUCCCGUGUCUGCAGGUGCUUGGCACGGUUGCUAUCCAGGGCUUACAGGACAGAGGAAGAGUCCCUGAGUCUGUGCACACUCUGCCACCGUGGCCCCGCCCAUCUCUGGGGCCCACAGGUGCCCAGCCCAGGCCCCUUGCUUUUGGCUAGACUCCUGCCAUAUGGGGACCCCCAUGAUAGCCAUUCAGGAGACGGGGGGCCCAGGAGGUCAGGGAAUUGACUCCAGGUCAUGACCAGAAGUGCCCUGCGGCCCCUGUUCCCAGUCCCCAGGGAGAUCUGAGGGUCACAUGCUGUUAUGAGGAAGAGGACACCAGGUUGGCCCUGGCCCAGGGUGGGCAGCUCUGGUUUCACUACUUGGCUCUGAGCCCCUGAGGCAGGUGCGGGCGCCAGGCACGGUGAGCAGGGCCCAGUGCCCCUCAGGCUCUGGGGAAGGGGUGCAGCUAGGCAGCCCAGAGCAGGGAGGGGCUGGGGACAGGUGUGACCACUUCCAGUCUCUCCCAGCCUGCUGGCCUUCAUCCUCUCCCAGAUUCCAAGGGUCACCACUGGGAGCAUGGGGUGGACAGCGUCCCACCAGCCUCCUGGAUGCACAUCCGUAAAGACUCCAAAGUGAAGUGAGGCUGGCUUCACUCCAGCUCACAGCAGAAGAAGGGGCAGCCUCAGGACCAGCGACUUGCUCAGAGUGCACAGGAGUGUGCCGGGGCCAGGCCAGACUGGGGCCUCUGACCCUGACCCUUGCCUGCAGGGCUGCACGGCCACUGUGUUCCACCUUCCAGUGUGGGCGGCAGUCCAGUGCGCGUCAUUCUGGGGCCUGAGCAGCGUGGCCAGAGGCUGGCCUGGGGUGGAGAUGACCUGGCUGUAGGUUGUGGGUGGGGUCCUUGCUGUGCUCCUGGCAGCAGGAAUCAGAGAAGCAGUAACUGGAUCCAGCUGAGGGCCUGGCAGCCACCGAGGGUACACGCGGCGAUCGGGUUGCGGCCAAGCCGUGAGCGUUCCACCGGGCAGCUCUACAUCGGGAAGGGCCGGCCCAGGCUGGGAGCCCACACGGGGUUGGAGGAGGUGGGCAGGAACGAGAGAGGCCAAAAGGUGCAGGGCCAUGAAGAGGGGCGCUGGGCCUACGCUGUGAGGAAACGGGUCAACCCUGCCCUCCAGCCCUGCGGGCCCUCAGGCUCUGGACUCUGUGCAAUCCAGGAGUGGCUGAAAUCCAAGCUCAGAGUAAUGAAAAGGACUGCUCCUAAGCUGCACAUCUCUGAUCCGCUCUCCCCGCCCGCCCUCUGCUGCCCGCGGGCCCUCUAAGAGCUUCCCAGGCUGCUGCCGCAGGUCAGAGGCGGGUCAGAGCACACAGGGGGUCCAUGACGCCGGCUGGGUCUGGGGGCCGUGGGCCAGCUGAGCCGACCUGGGGUUCUGGGGGACCGCGGGGGCCGUGAGCACUCAGAGGGAGCGUCCCAGGCCCCUCCGGGGACCCGGCCAGCCUGAAGAUGCCGACCAACGGCCUGCACCAGGUGCUGAAGAUCCAGUUUGGCCUCGUCAACGACACUGACCGCUACUUGACAGCCGAGAGCUUCGGCUUCAAGGUCAAUGCCUCGGCGCCCAGCCUCAAGAGGAAGCAGACCUGGGUGCUGGAGCCCGACCCUGGACAAGGGUCGGCUGUGCUGCUCCGCAGCAGCCACCUGGGCCGCUACCUGUCGGCAGAAGAGGACGGGCGCGUGGCCUGCGAGGCAGAGCAGCCGGGCCGUGACUGCCGCUUCCUGGUCCUGCCGCAGCCAGAUGGGCGCUGGGUGCUGCAGUCAGAGCCGCAUGGCCGCUUCUUCGGAGGCACCGAGGACCAGCUGUCCUGCUUUGCCACAGCCAUCUCCCCGGCCGAGCUGUGGACCGUGCACCUGGCCAUCCACCCGCAGGCCCACCUGCUGAGCGUGAGCCGGCGGCGCUACGUGCACCUGUGCCCACAGGAGGACGAGAUGGCUGCGGACGGUGACAAGCCCUGGGGCGUGGACGCCCUCCUCACCCUCAUCUUCCGGAGCCGACAGUACUGCCUCAAGUCCUGUGACAGCCGCUACCUGCGCAGCGACGGCCGCCUGGUCUGGGAGCCGGAGCCCCGGGCCUGCUAUACGCUGGAGUUCAAGGCGGGCAAGCUGGCCUUCAAGGACUGCGACGGCCGCUACCUGGCACCCGUGGGGCCUGCUGGCACCCUCAAGGCCGGCCGAAACACACGGCCCAGCAAGGACGAGCUCUUCGACCUGGAGGAGAGUCACCCUCAGGUGGUGCUGGUGGCUGCCAACCACCGCUACGUCUCUGUGCGGCAAGGGGUCAACGUCUCAGCCAAUCAGGAUGAUGAACUAGACCAUGAGACCUUCCUGAUGCAAAUUGACCAGGAGACAAAGAAGUGCACCUUCUAUUCCAGCACUGGGGGCUACUGGACCCUGGUCACCCAUGGGGGCAUUCAGGCCACAGCCACACAAGUUUCCGCCAACACCAUGUUUGAGAUGGAGUGGCGCGGCCGGCGGGUGGCACUCAAAGCUAGCAAUGGGCGCUACGUGUGCAUGAAGAAGAAUGGGCAGUUGGCGGCCAUCAGCGAUUUUGUGGGCAAAGACGAGGAGUUCACCCUCAAGCUCAUCAACCGGCCCAUCCUGGUGCUGCGCGGCCUGGACGGCUUCGUCUGCCACCGCCGCUGCUCCAACCAGCUGGACACCAACCGCUCUGUCUACGACGUUUUCCACCUGAGCUUCAGCGACGGCGCCUACCAGAUCCGAGGCCGCGGCGGCGGAUUCUGGUACACGGGCAGCCACGGCAGCGUGUGCAGUGACGGCGAACGCGCCGAGGACUUCGUCUUCGAGUUCCGCGAACGCGGCCGCCUGGCCAUCCGCGCCCGGAGCGCAACACAGGCUGUGGCCCCACUGAAAAGGCCGGAUUUGGAGUGUCACCAGGGGGGCCUUGCUCCCUGAGAUGUGGCGACCACUGAGGGAGACAAACCCUGACUCGGAGCACCCCGCGGGCCCCUCCCACUCCACGGAGAGGAAGGCGGGAGAGCCAGGCGGUGGCCCCAGGCCUCCCAGACACCCCCGUGGAGCAGAGCCCUCCUCAGGGGUAACUGGGUCACAGCGAACUUUUUC